AUGGCUGAGCAGCAGACCCCCACCUUCAAGCUCGUGCUUGUCGGCGAUGGUGGUACCGGAAAGACCACCUUCGUCAAGCGCCACUUGACUGGUGAAUUCGAGAAGAAGUACAUGGCCACCCUCGGUGUCGAGGUUCACCCUCUGGGCUUCACCACCAACUUCGGUCAGAUCCAGUUCGACGUUUGGGAUACCGCCGGUCAGGAGAAGUUCGGUGGUCUCCGUGAUGGUUACUACAUCAACGGCCAGUGCGGUAUCAUCAUGUUCGAUGUCACCUCCCGCAUUACCUACAAGAACGUCCCCAACUGGCACCGCGAUCUCGUCCGUGUCUGCGAGAACAUCCCCAUCGUUCUCUGCGGUAACAAGGUCGAUGUGAAGGAGCGAAAGGUCAAGGCCAAGACCAUCACCUUCCACCGAAAGAAGAACCUCCAGUACUACGACAUUUCCGCCAAGUCCAACUACAACUUCGAGAAGCCCUUCCUCUGGCUCGCUCGCAAGCUUGUCGGCAACCCUCAGCUUGAGUUCGUUGCUGCUCCCGCCCUUGCUCCCCCCACUGCUCAGGUCGACGAGAAGCUCCUGGAGGAGUACCGCAAGGAGAUGGACGAGGCCGCCGCCAUGCCUCUGCCUGGCGAGCUUUCCGACGAUGAUCUGUAA